CUUAGCAUUCCUUAGCUAGUUGUCGUCGAAGGCAAGACAAGCAGAAGGGCACCAUGCUGACCGUACUAAUUUCUUCUCUCCUCGUGGCUAUGGUCUCGGCUGACGCCAUUCCCGAGUUCUUGGUCCCCGGGAAAUGUGCAAACGUGGCCAUCCAAGACAACUUUGACCUUCGCAUGUACUCAGGGCGGUGGUAUCAGACCUCCAUCAUCGACAACCCUUACCAACCCUUCACUCGCUGCAUCCACUCCAACUUCGAGUACUCAGUCUUGGACAACGGAUUCCAAGUCACCACAGCUGGCUUUAGCCCUUCCAACGACUACCUCAGGAUGAUGGGCAAGAUCUACCCGACCAAGGACUUCCCAGCUGCACACAUGCUCGUUGACUUCCCCACUGCUUUUGCCGCUCCUUUCCAAGUGGUCGCCACUGACUACCACACCUACUCCUGCGUGUACUCCUGCAUCGCCUUCGACAGUUACAAGGCUGAGUUUGGCUUCGUCUACUCCCGUACUCCGCAGACCUUCGGGCCGGCGACCGACAAGUGCGCAGCUGUGUUCAGCGCCAACGGAGUCAACGUUUCUGCGUUCAAGCCAGCCCCCCACACCGCGGAAUGCGUCUACAGGGCCUGAACAAACCUUUUUCUUUAGCUUGUUAAUUUGAAUGAAGGGGCAUGAUUUAUGACUAAGAACAGUGUAUGUAAAACAUAGAUAGCUGUGUGCAAAAAUAAAACAAAUAAAUCAACA